AUUAUUUAUUUUUGUUAUAUGACUAUUACUAUAACAUAGGUCUUUGUUGUACCCAGUGACAAAAUGGAGAUACACCUUAGCAUGACACUACAUGCGGGUAAAACUACAUUUUCAGCAUCACUGAAUGAAAGUAACAUGCAUGGAAAUAGUUUUCUUCAGUUCAACCCCCAUUGGACAGUACAGUUACAAUAUUUUAACAAUAUAAUCCAACCAGAAAUAAAACUAUAUUUCAGUGCGUAUGAUAUAUACCACAACAUAACAGAGCAUGACGUCCUGAGUUGAAUUUGCCUGAGUGAAAACUGGGUGCCGAACUCUUGUAAAUCUUGUGAUACGUAAUGGUGUACAUCCAGCACACCAAACCUACAACAAUUAGUCAUGAACAUUUAAAAAUAAAACAGUGUAUACAGAUCAUAAUUAUAAAACUAUAAUCGAAAGGUAGUUCAUAAAAGCCAGACGCUGGUACUUUUCGUUCUGUGUAACUGUAGUUUUUUUUGCCUUUACUGUGUUACACAUCAGGUUCAAACCUGACCCGUCAUAUCGGGAAACAGAACUCCCAAUAAUUUAAAUGUAUGCUACAUCAUCAACAAAAACAAGCGUGGAAGCGGUUGUUUCUAGUACUCUGCUGACGCCCUGUGGAAAAAUAAGGUAACUGCUGAUUUUGGUGCUGAUGCAGGAAUUGUUUUGGACCAUUACAGAUGUGCUAUAUCGGAGUAUAAUGUUGACCUGAACCGAAAUAUUUUCUGUUUAUUUAUUUUAUUCUUUGAGAAGAUCUUCAUGAAAAUAUAUGCGAUCUAUUAAAAAAAAAAUUAAAUAUACAAAAACUUCGCAAGCAUGAAAAUAGUGAGAGUAAUUGUUCUGAUUAGUAUGACAGAUGCAAGCGAUGAGCAGAAAAGACUUUGCAAGCUUGAUCUGGAAAAUAAUACUUAAUUCGCGCAUUUUCAUGGGCCCCUAAAGAUGCUGCUUUGUUACGGUGCAUUAUAUCCCAGGGUAGUCUUAUUUCCAACAAUCGGACUGCUGGGGUUGAAUUAAUUUACACCGUUCAUGAAACAAAUUGUAGAACAAAAUACGAAUCACCGGUUUGGACUGUCGAACUUCUAGCAGCGAUCUCCAGUCUCAUUGGUCCAGAUGGCACUCAUGACGUAUUCGAACAAAUCUCAGUCGAAUGGACUGACAAUUCGUUGAAAAAAGAAGCCGAACUGAAAACAAUCAUAACGACCAGUUAACAGUACAUUUAAUCUGCUUUAUUUAAUUGCAGUGGUUUCCUUAUAACUAUAACGUUUAUACGAGUGCAUCAUUUGGAAUUGCCGCGGUUGCUCUGUCUCAUGUAUUCGCAGAGUGAUGCUUGCUUCCAGCAGAGGACUGUGGGGAAACCCUGAUGAGCUGUCCUUUCUCCGGACGGAAAUGGCGGACAGUUUGGCUUUAGACCUGGGAAGAGGGAGAUGCUCACUGCAACAGCAUCCAAUGGUUAUUUUAUAAUAUCAAGAAACUUCUGGUCAUGGAUUAAGGUAGUCUGAUAUACAGCGAAAUGGAUGCGGAGGAUGGUAAACGCAUCUUGCCCAGGAAGCCAGGUGUGACAGAAGCAGGAGACAUGGAGCUCAGGCGUUCGUGAUGACAGUAUCCCCACAGAAUACGGACAUGACAACCAUUAGCCAGGGCGUGGAGUUCCAGAGUGCUGGUAGCCUGCCCCUGAUUGGCAGCCCUAAGUAUUGCCCCGGGGUCAAGGGCAACGGAGGGGGGUACCUCUGCGAGACCGGCCACUGCUGUGGAGAGACGGGCUGCUGCACCUACUACUACGAGCUCUGGUGGUUCUGGCUGCUCUGGACGGUCCUCAUCAUGUUCAGCUGCUGCUGUGCGUACCGCCACCGGAGAGCGAAGCUGCGGAUCCAGCAGCAACAGAGACAGCGGGAGAUCAACCUCAUCGCCUACCACGGGGCCUGCAACUACCCCACGUCCAUGCUGGACCUCAGUUUCUUGGCUUCGUUUAAGCUCCCGUCCUACGAGGAGGUGGCGGCCCAGCCGAGCACCCCCCCUCCCCCGUACAGCUCCGUGUUCGCGGUGCAGGGGGGGGGCGGGCUGUACGCCCACGCCGGCCCCAGCGGCCUGACCUCCUCCCAGAGCUCCGACAACUACACCAGCUGCUCCUGCGAGUCCUGCUCGGGCACCUCCCCCUGCAGCACCUCCUUCUCCGCGCAGGUGACCUACGAGACCGACACCAGCAACGCCACCACGCCCAGCGAGGCCAGCGACUUCCAGCCCCUCGGCCCCGCCCCCGCGGCCGGAAGCCCCGCCCCUGCUUCCGAAAGCCCUGCCCCCGCUUCCGAAAGCCCCGCCCCCCCUGCCGGAAGUCCCACCCUGCCCCAACCUCCGCCCCCUCCCGCUCCUGCUCCCGCUCCCCUUCCCCCCCCUGCCCCGAGCGCCCCCGCGCUCCCGCUCGCCGAUCCCCCGGCAGACUCGACGGGAGAAGGAGGCCCGCGUGUGGACGAGAGCCCCUCCCCUAAGCCCACCCUGUCUCCGCCCAAACACGCCCUCUUCUCCCCCAACGUGGACUUCUUUGAGCCCGACGGCCGCUCGCCGUGCGCGUCCGACGCCGACGAGGAGGACGUGGACGCGGACGAGAGCCAGUACCGCCACCGCCGGCUCACCGGGGACUCCGGCAUCGAGGUGUGCCGCUGCCAGGUGGAGAGCGAGGAAGAGGAAGAGGAGGAGGAGGCGGAGAAGGGGGAGGGGGCUGGGCGGAGCAAGGCGCAGGCCGAGGGGGAGGGGCCCCACGCGCUCCACGACAGCGCGGACUGCUCCCAGGCGCGGGCGAGCGAGACACGAGUGAGCGAGGAGUGUGCCGGCCUCUGUGGCCCCGCCCCUAGCCCCGCCCCCGGCCCCGCCCCGCUCAAGGAGGAGGCCGUCAUCACGGUGGAGUCCGCCUGAGCGAUCGCGCUGCGGAGGAGCAGGAAUGAACAUCCCAAACAAACACAGGGAACGGGAGUGUUGUGGAUUACAGGGAGGGGCCUAAUGACCAAAAAAGGGGGGGGGGUUUGUGGCAGACCUACACCCCGUCUGCUAGCAUCCCCAUGUAUGCACAGAGUAGUAAAUGAAUUGAGGUGCAUAUGUGCAAAUUCAGAGGUCAGAUUUUUUUUCCUUAAACAGAGGCAUUACCGCUGACCUACCCGAGAGAACGCGGCGGUUUUGAUUGACGCUCGUGUCCGUUUGCGAGCCGAACGUCGGCCGCGCGGCCCAGAGCAGGACCUGGCGUUUCCGCCGCGAGGGCCAAACGGAGCGGCGGUGAAGACGUGGGACCGGUCUGUGCCGUGGACCGCCGCAGCUGCGCGGCGUGAGUGAGGUCAUCGCCACGGCGUGGAUGAGGUCAUUGCCGCGUCUGUACUCUGGACCCCUCUUCUCCCAGCA